AACAAUACUAAAAGCAGAAUAAGCAGUGCAGAGAGCGUGCCACGUCAGCGUUUUUAUUCGAACCAAUCAGAAACAACCUUUUUUACACGUCAGACACUCGCGGUAUUGUUUUGUUCGAUCGUGGUGGGCUUCAUCCGUUCACGUUAUUGGGCUUCAUUAGAGUUUUGUGUCGACCCAUGAACACAAAAGCAAGCCUCGGAGUCUCCGUCGACGCUUAUCGUCUCUGCCUCUUCGUCUUUUCAUCAGCUCUAUGUUUACGUUUUCUUUUUCUCCGAUCGCAGAGCUGAGAAGCCGAGAGUUAAUCGAGCAAAACCAACACAAUGAAUACCUCUUUUAUUAUUUCGUUUCACCUCCCCUUCUUCAUCCUUCUUUAUAAAUUGAUUUUUUUGUAUUCACACCAAAACCCUAGAACGACCCGAAACUCGAUCCAUGGCGAUGAAGAGAAAUGGGAAGUCGCAUGUCUCCUCCGACUCUGGUGAACAAUUCAUGUCCUUCAAGGAUGUCUCUCUAGGUCCUCAUGAAGCUCAACUACGCUUCCGACUCAUCCAUUUCUGGGAGGCUCGGAACCCGGUGAAGAAGACACUGAUUGGCCUCGAAAUGCUCCUCAUCGACGAACAGGGAACUGUUAUUCAAGGAUUCAUCCCACCGGGGCGAAUUAAGAAGUACUUGCCAGAUAUGAAACGCGGAUCAGUUUAUAAGCUCAUCAAUUUCUAUGGAUCGAAAAACAAACCGGUGUAUCGGGUUGCUGACCAUGUCGCAACCGUGUCUUUCGCAUGGAAUUCUGAAAUGUCGGUUCUUCACGAGAUUCCCAUCUCUUUUGAUGAAGACCGUUUCAGGUUUCAUUCACACGCAGAUUUUGAAGCCAAUUGUGAUCUCAAAGGUGACCUCUACGAUGUUAUUGGCCACAUGAAGCUGGUCGAUGGACAAACUCUUAUUGAGCGUCCCAGCCUAGACGAUGUGAAGAUUUCUACCACUCGGCAUAUUGUGAUUCAUGUGCAGUCGCAUGAUGGACCUGUGCUGAAGCUCUACCUUUGGGACCAGGCUGCAACAGACUUUUGCAAGAAAUUCAACUCCUGUGAAAAGACUCCGACAGUGCUUUUGGUCACAACUGUUAACACUAAACGUCUCGGAGGAACCCUUGCCCUAUCCUCUAUGUCAUCCACACGGGUCUUCAUGGACUAUGAUGUCCAACCAACCAGGGAUUAUUUCACCUGGCUGGGCUCUAACCCAGAGAUUGCUAAUCAAGUUUGCGCAGACGUCAUCACUAAGCGUGAGACACUGUCUAUAGCAGAAAUAUUCUCCUAUAUGACUCAGGAAUCUGCAAAGGCUGCCUUUUUUGAGUGCACUGCUACUAUUGAUGAUGUUGUUCAUGGCUCUCCUUGGUACUACAUUGCAUGCAGUGGGUGCCAUUCUAAGGCUACCAACGGCCCAAGUUCGUUGAUUUGUACAAACACAAAAUGUGAGAAGGUUACCACAACUGGCGUUCCAGAGUACCGGGCUAAGAUUUCUGUUUAUGACAACAGUGAACAAGCUUUCUUUGUCUUACUUGGAGAUGCUGGACGGGAGUUGACUGGGAAGCAUGCAUCCGAGUUAGUUAGCAGCUACUUUGAGGCUAAUAAAAGCGAAGGAGCUGAUCAUGAGGUGCCUGUCCCGGAAGCUCUAAUCAGCACCAUCGGACAGACACAUAAGUUCUGUGUGAAAGUUACUGACCACAAUUUCUCAGGCAACACUCGAGCGAUAACUGUCACCAAGAUCCUCUCUCUAGACACACCAUCACCCACGGAAGCUUCAGUUGGAAAUGACAUUGCUGCAAUGUCCGAGGGAGCAACGCAGUCUGGUGACGCGGUCUGUGAACCUCAUAAAGGCGGUGGAGUCACUGCAGAUGAGGAGAGUAAGCGGGCGUGUAGCAGUGCUGAUCCAGAGACAGCUAAACGCCCAAGAUGUGAGAAUUAGAGCCUCUGCUCACAGAUGCAGUUUAAGUACUGAGUUGGUUUUUUUUAAAUUUUCUGCUGUUUAAGUACUUUUUUGGUUAAGUUAAAGACAAUGCCCAGUUUUUCAACUUCAGACUUUGCAAUUCAAUAAUUUGAACUACCUUUCUUAUAAUCUCUAUUGUUUCUUAUAAUCUUUGUUGACUUUUACCUAUAUGAGCAAAAUAACAAACAGAUUGAUUUUCUAUA